ACACCUACAUAAUUUAAUUUACAUAAUUAUGACUUUCAAUAAUAAACCUUAUUUUAUAAUAUUAUUUGUGAUCUAUUCUACUCUUAUUCUUUUUGUGUAUGCAUUAGAUUUUUCUAAUGCUCCUGCCGAAUCACCAAGUUCGGGCACUGACGGCUUUUUACCUCUAGCUAAAAAACAUGUUGUAAUUCACAAUAAGGUAAAAAAUAAAGAAAUUUUGAAUGUACAUUGCAGAUCCAGUGAAGAUGAUUUUGGAAUGGUCCAUAUUCCUUGGAAUAGCACAUGGGAUUUCAGCUUUCAUGUCAACUUUUGGAAAACUACGAAAUUUCGUUGUCACUUUACUUGGCAUAAUGGCGGAUCUCAUUACUUUUAUAUUUUAAAGUAUACAGAGAUGAUAAUCCAGAUGGACGUUUUCCCGUUUGUAAAGAAUGUAUAUGGGAAGUAGGAACAGAUGAUGGAAAUCCUAUUUGUCGUAUUCCUCGUGAUAAGAAAAGCAAUCCAUACUGUUUCAAAUGGGAGGAUGGUCCUUAAGUAAGAAAAAAGUAUUAU